UUUGCGCUCAUCCUCGCGUUUUGCCAUUUUAGAGUGUAACGUUUCCUCCUCAGAUGACUUGUCUGAGCUUGCUAGCAGGCUACCCGGGUCACUGCAGUCGCAGCUCCUGUGCAGGUGCAAUCUACCAAACGUGGGGACCCAAGUGAGCUGAAAGCGAUUUUCCAGAAGUAUGCCAGCGUAGUGGACAAGGAUGGGGAGAAAUUCAUGACCCCAGGAGAUUUUGUCCAGAAAUACCUUGGACUACACACACAGAUACACCACAACCCCAAAACUGUCCAGCUCAUCUCUGCUGUGGCUGACACCACAAAGGACGGGUUGAUCUCUUUCCAGGAGUUUCUUGCGUUUGAAUCGGUGCUGUGUGCGCCUGAUGCUCUCUUCAUAGUCGCCUUCCAGCUGUUUGAUAAGACUGGAACUGGAACCAUUUCCUUUGAUAAUGUGCAGGACAUCUUCAGCCAGACCACCGUGCACCACCAUAUCCCCUUCAACUGGAACUGUGACUUCAUCCGUCUGCACUUCGGGCACGACCGCAAGAAACUCCUCAGCUACCUCGAGUUCACCCAGUUCCUGCAGGAGCUGCAGUUGGAGCACGCACGCCAGGCAUUCGCCCAAAAGGACAAAGGGAAGAAUGGUGUCAUAUCUGCCAUGGACUUCAGCGACAUCAUGGCCACCAUCAGGCACCACAUGCUCACGCCAUUUGUGGAGGAAAACCUUGUUUCAGCUGCAGGUGGCAGCACUUCUCACCUGGUCAGCUUCUCCUAUUUCAAUGCCUUCAACUCUCUCCUGAACAACAUGGAGCUGAUCCGUAAGAUCUACAGCACACUUGCUGGCACGCGGAAGGACACACUCGUGACUAAAGAGGAGUUCGUUCAUGCUGCUAACAAGUUUGGGCAGAUCACACCCAUGGAAAUUGACAUCCUGUACCAGUUAUCUGGCCUGCACUCUCCUUCUGGGCGCCUGAACCUUGCUGACAUUGAAAGGAUAGCCCCGUUAGAGGAGGGAUGUCUGCCCUACCACCUGGUUGAAACCCAGAAGCAGACCCAUGGAGACGGCUCCAGGCCCGUGUGGCUCCAGGUGGCAGAGUCAGCCUACAGGUUCACCCUGGGAUCAAUCGCUGGAGCCACGGGAGCGACCGCUGUGUAUCCCAUCGACUUGGUGAAGACUCGGAUGCAGAACCAGCGCUCCACAGGAUCCUUCGUGGGAGAGCUGAUGUACAAGAACAGCUUUGACUGUGCUAAGAAGGUGCUCCGCUACGAGGGCUUCUUCGGUUUCUACAGAGGUUUGGUUCCUCAGCUCAUAGGUGUGGCUCCUGAGAAAGCUAUCAAACUUACAGUGAAUGACUUUGUAAGAGAUAAGUUCACCCAAAAGGACAACUCCAUUCCUUUAUUUGCCGAGAUUAUGGCUGGUGGCUGUGCUGGAGGCUCUCAGGUGAUCUUCACUAAUCCCUUGGAGAUUGUGAAGAUCCGCCUGCAGGUGGCAGGAGAGAUCACCACCGGGCCUCGAGUCAGUGCGCUCAGUGUGGUCCGUGACCUGGGCUUCUUCGGCCUCUACAAGGGUGCUAAGGCUUGUUUCCUAAGGGACAUCCCCUUUUCAGCCAUCUAUUUCCCCGUGUACGCCCACACUAAGAUGGCCAUGGCCGAUGAAAACGGUCGACUGGGACCUCUGCAGCUUCUCACUGCCGGAGCCAUCGCAGGUAUCCCCGCCGCGUCUCUGGUGACGCCCGCCGACGUCAUCAAGACGCGUCUGCAGGUGGCGGCCAGAGCAGGACAAACCACGUACACGGGAGUCAUCGACUGCUUCAGGAAGAUCAUGAGAGAGGAGGGCUUCCGGGCUCUGUGGAAGGGGGCCGGAGCUCGCAUGUGCCGGUCCUCUCCGCAGUUCGGCGUGACUCUGGUGACCUACGAACUCUUGCAGCAGUGGUUCUAUGUUGACUUUGGAGGCCAUCGCCCGGCGGGAUCUGAGCCCACGCCAAAGUCUCGCAUCUCUGAGCUUCCUCCCAUCAACGCCGACCACGUCGGAGGCUACCGCCUGGCCGCCGCUACCUUCGCUGGGGUGGAGAACAAGUUCGGCCUCCACCUCCCUAAAUUCAAGUCCUCUGGAGUGGUGUCCAUACACCCACCGGAGCCGGCCGCCCCCGCCCCCGCGCCCGCCCAGGAGCCGUAGGCGUCUCGGCGGUCUGCGUCGUUUUCGCCAUCUCUCUCCUCCAUCACCAGGAGCCUGACACUUAGAUAUAUAUACACACACACACACACGCACAAAAAGCAACACACUCUAAACAAACAGGGGCCAUCGACAACAUGAACAAACACCGGCCGGUCACACUCUGCGAGGCGAAGGCGAGCUCCAGCGGCCAGCCGUGGAGGCGGACGGCCGGCCGCCGCCGUGUUGCGAGCGGAGCGGACGGCGACGGGACCAGAGCGCCUCCUGUGUCGCAUCUUCAGAGGCUGCACGCUCCUGGCAGCUCCAUCCUUUUCUGUUCUUCUCUCCAGCAUUUGUAUCAAACUGAGGCUCGGGCACACCUCUCUCUCUCUCUCUCUCUCUCUCUCUCUCUCUCCCUCUCCCUCUCUCUGUCAUGAGUAGCUGAUAUAAUUUCUGUUUUCCGUCUGAUACUCAGUACGAGUGGGAUUUCUCUCGUUGGACAGCGGGCUUACAAAGAAUAGAUCGGUGUGCAGGGCGUGUGGUUUUCACUCUGUCUCCUCAUGCAGGAGGCUACAUGCUGUACAUAUUGUAUAACUGUACUGAAAACGUGUUACAAGGCGAAGCUCGGCAACAUCAGGCGGCGUCAUCACACAGUAACUGUAAUGUUUUGGAAACGGGGGGCCUUCGGUCCCGCUCCGAGAAUCAACUCCUACCGAUGCAGAGAAGUGUUUUCUUGAUUUGAAACAAAGACUCAUGAGCAGAGAAUUAGAUAUUAAUAAAUUAAAUGUAUCUCAAGUCAGCCAUUGUAUUUUAAAGAAAUAAAUCAUCCAUAUGGUUUUAAUUUUA